AUGGCCGACUACUCUUUUGGCGGUUCAGAGGAAGAAAAUGCCGAGCUAAGGAAACUUGAGGCCGAGCUGGCUGAAGAUCCGGACAAUUUCGAAUCCUGGGAGAAGUUGGUUCGCGGCGCAGAAGCUCUCGAAGGUGGAAUCAAUCGAAACUCCAAUCCCCAGGCAAUCACCACCGUCCGAAAUGCUUACGAUCGAUUCCUUGCCAAGUUUCCUUUGCUUUUCGGAUACUGGAAGAAAUAUGCCGACCUUGAGUUCUCGAUCGCCGGUACGGAAGCUGCAGAAAUGGUCUACGAACGUGGCGUUGCAAGCAUUCCCACCUCGGUCGACUUGUGGGCAAACUAUUGCGCUUUCAAAGUCGAAACGAAUCAUGACUCGGAUGUCAUUCGAGAGUUAUUUGACAGGGGUGCCAACUGCGUAGGAUUGGACUUUCUCGCCCAUCCUUUUUGGGACAAAUACGUUGAGUUUGAAGAACGCCUCGAUGCCUUUGACAAGAUUUUUGGCAUUUUGGGACGCGUGAUUCAUAUCCCCAUGCAUCAGUAUGCUCGUUAUUUUGAGCGGUACCGCCAACUUGCGCAAAGUCGGCCAGUGAAUGAGCUAGCCCCGCCUGAAAUUAUUUCUCAGUACCGGUCUGAAAUUGAAUCUGCGUCUGUCCAAAUCCCCCCGGGUGCCAAAUCCGAGGCAGAGUAUGAACAAGAGCUUCGGUUGCGCUUGGAUACGUAUCAUCUGGAAAUUUUCUCCAGGACCCAGACUGAAACAACCAAGCGUUGGACGUAUGAAUCUGAGAUCAAGCGCCCAUACUUCCAUGUGACCGAGUUAGACGAAGGGCAACUUGCUAACUGGAAACGAUACCUUGAUUUUGAGGAAGUUGAGGGCUCCUAUGCUCGAAUCACUUUCCUGUACGAGCGAUGCCUCGUCACAUGCGCUCACUACGAUGAGUUCUGGCUACGCUAUGCCAGAUGGAUGUCGGCGCAACCUGACAAAGAGGAAGAAGUCCGAAAUAUAUACCAAAGGGCAAGCACGAUUUUUGUGCCCAUUGCUCAUCCCACUGUGCGCUUGCACUACGCCUACUUUGAAGAGAUGUCCGAGCGUAUUGACAUUGCCAAAGAUAUCCACCAAGCUAUACUCUUCGUGCUUCCAAAUCAUGUCGAGACCAUUGUGUCCCUGGCCAAUAUAUCUCGUCGCCACGGCACUCUUGAGGACGCUAUCCAAGUGUACAAGAGCCACAUCGAAGCACCUGGCUGCGAUGCGGCUACUAAAGCUGCUCUUGUUGCCGAAUGGGCUAUAUUGAUUUGGAGGGUUAAAGGCUCCUCUGACGAGGCCAGACAGGUAUUCCAGGAGAAUCAGCAGAGCUUUUUGGAUAGCCGCCCCUUCUGGACAAGGUAUCUUCUAUUUGAACUCGAGCAACCCACCACUCCAGAUACCGAAGGUGCUCAGCAUGAACGCAUCAAGAAGGUAGUUGACGAUCUUCGGCACAAGAGCACAUUGCCUGCGGAGGCGGUGAAAGAGCUUGUUCAAAGCUACAUGGUUUAUUUGCUUGAGCGAGGAUCCAAAACCGCAGCCAAAGAAUACAUCAUGUUGGACCGUGAAGUCCAUGGCCCAGCUUCCGUCUCACCUACAAACAAGAAUAAGGAGGCCGCAAAAGCGGUUCAGAGUACUCCUCAACCUGUUCCAACCCCAGAUCCUGCAGCGGCUGCUUAUGCUUACUAUCAACAGCAGCAACUGCAACAACCGGCCGUGGCUAAUGGAGGUGUCCCGACUCAACCGGUUCAUUAUUGA